AUGGGGAGGGUGGCACGUGGCAAGUCGUUGAUGCACCGGGCGGCUGUGUUGUUUUUGGGCUUGUCACCGAGGCAUAUCGUGGAGCUGAUGGAGGAGCAGAUGCGAGACGGCGCUCGGUGCAGCAGCAAUGGCCGUGGUAGUUAUAUGGAGAUGGAUGGAGGGGGGGUAAGGAACGUGGCAGACAGCAUGGUGGCGCCCCCACAAGCGCCUGCGAACAGUGUGCCGGUGCACAGUUGCAAAGCAGCAGCAGCAGCAGCAGCAGCAACGGCUGCCGACGGCGACACGUACGCCAUAGCCAAUCAGCCCGGGUGCACUGGCCGAGCUUCGAUGGUGGCAGCACGCGUCGCGAACCCCCAAGGCACGGAAGUCGCGACUAAGCGAGCGGCCAAGGACGGCGAGCGGCCAGGGGAGUGGAAGGGAAGGCACCACCACGGUCACCAACGCCAACUGCACUGA